UGGCCCUGCCAGCACGUGCUGAAGCCAGAGUCCCCAGUUCUAAAAGCUGGCUUCCUAGUGUGGUGCGGUGGCCAGCUGUGUGUUUGUGCGGCCAGCCAAGCCUUCCAUCGGUGCCCCCCCAGGCAGCAGAGGGUCCCGAGGGACACGGUGCGCACUGUCCUGCCUCUGCUCACUGCUGGCGCAGAGGCAGCUGAGCACCACCCUGGUCGUUGGGGCUCAUCUUUCUCACCUCUGGCUCUCUCUCCCACCCCACCGGGACUUUGAUGUGGUGCCAAGGGCGUGGGGUGGUGUUGGCUGCACUUGUGAAUAAGCCUCUUCUUUCCUGUUUGGCAGAGUUCAUUUUUCUCCUGUCUGAACAAUGGUGUCUGGAGAAAUCCGUGAGCUACCAGGCUGUAGAAAUCCUGGAAAGGUUUAUGGUCAAGCAGGCAGAGGCCAUCUGCGCCCAGGCCGCAGCCCAGCGGGGGGACAGGGAGCGCGCAGAGGCUCGGGACUGGCGGGCUCAGAAGGAGCAGCUCUGCAGCAGGUUUGCCCUGCGCCUGGUGUCCUGUGUUCAGCUGGCCAGCAAGCUUUCCUUCCACUACAAAAUCAUCAACAACCUCGUGGCCUUGCACUUCCUCCAGGCCCUGGGGUAUCCGUACACGAAGGAGGAGCUGCUGGAGUCGGAGCUGGACGUCUUGAAGUCCCUGGACUUCCAGAUCAACCUCUCCACUCCCCUGGAGUAUGUGGAGAUGCUCCUGGAAGUUUUAGGGUACAACGGCUGCGCGGUCCCGGCCACACAGCUGCACGCUACCUGCCUGACCCUGCUCGACCUGGUCUACCUUCUGCACGAGCCUGUGUACAGGAGCCUGCUGAGGUCUGCCGUGGGGAACACCUCGCCCAGUGAGCUGCAAGGGGAGAAGUUCGGGUCGGUGGAGGAGGACUUCAUGCUCCUGGCAGCAGGCGUCAUUGCAGCGAGCGCUUUCAUCCAGAACCACGCGUGCUGGAGCCAGGUCGUGGGGCACCUGCAGAGCAUCACCGGCAUCGCCUCCGGGAGCAUAGCCGAGUUCUCCCACGCGGUCCUGACCCACAGCGUCGGAGCCAGCACUCCAGGGCGGCGGCAGCCGGUGCCUCCCCCCCCAGGCCGCCUGGGCCGCAGGGCCACCGAGGCGGGCAGAAGCUGCUGAGGCCAGUGGCCUCCCACGUGGACGCUUGCGCUCAGGCUGGCAGGAGCCCAGCCUCGGGGAGCCGACGAGUGCCAAGUUUAGGCUUGCUCUGCAUGCCCACGGAGGAGCCAUUGGGCACAAGCAUGUCCUUUCUGUCACACCAGACUGAGUGUCAGAGAGCUGGGCUGAGGUAGAUUGCUGGUGGUGGUGGUCAUUUAUGUCUAACAAGCUAUUUCUGGGUGUCCUUUAAUUUCAUGAAUAGGGACUGUUGAACACAGGGAUAAGUGUGGGCCAAGAGUCCCUGAAAGGAGACUCCGGGUGACCCUGUCACAGAGCUUGCCCGUAUCUCCUUUGAUGUAAGGUCCCUGUUCUUCCACCGAGAGCAACACAGUAAGUAUGCUUUCUCUGUGAAGGUCUGUUUUCACUAGGAUGUUGGAGUUUUUCCCUAGUUUUUUUUUUUCCCCAAAGGCUGUUGAGCUGUAUUCCUGGCUCUUUCCCUAGUUUAAAAACUAAAAC